AUGGACGUAGUAAAAGCUAUAGGGAAAUACCUAAAUGCGCCUGUGGGGACAGUUUGUUACAAUACCGAUAAAGUUUUGACUACAGUUCUUGAUAAAGAAAAUGUAGAAGGAUUUGCAACCAUAAUUUUGAGAUUAGCUUCGAAAAGUGGAGCAAAAAUGACCCCGGAACAAAUUUUGCUGAGCUAUCAAUGGCUGGAACAUAUGGCUAUGUAUGCAAAUCAAGCAGUGACUAAUCCAACUUUUGCUAAAUCGUUUCUACAGGGUAUUAACAAGGCAUUAGCAGCUAAUACAUAUUUAACUGGACAGUUUCUGACUAUCACAGAUAUUGCAGCAUACCAUGUCCUCUAUCCCUUAAUAGAGCGGCUGAGUGUUACAGAACAAGAAUCAUUAUUGUAUGUUUGUAGAUGGUCGAAACACAUACAAGCUCAACCAAGAGUGUGUACAAAUCGGCCCCCGCUGCCACUUCAUACUUUAACACUCUCAAUUCUGGCUCCAGUUGCACACUAG